AUGUGUCCUAGUGCCCCAGCACGACAUUCACCCCAUGAAACUCAUUACAGGACACUGGAGCCGGGCGGAAGAGAUGGAGACACAGCCAAGUGGCGCACACCAUCGGAACUCAGCCUGCGGCACUCUGCUCUCCACACAAACCAGCCUCCCAUGCCAGAUGCUGUAAACCACUCCUGGACUGCCAUACAUCAUCUCCCGACCAAAGCUGAAGGAACCACGACACAUACAGACAGCCGGGAUGCAGCGAGAACACGCAAAGCCCACAGGGGGCAUCAGCUAAACAGGGACUCACAAGAACACUCUGCUAAAGCGCCCCACUGA